AUGUAUAAGCGCAAUAACUCUAUAAUACUUUUCUCUUUAUGUGUAUUAUUUUUUUCACCAGAUCUUUGGUCUGAUAAAGCACGCACUGCAUAUUACUUGGAGUGGGAAGUUGCACUGGCCAAGGCCCAAAGUAAACUCAAGAUCAUUCCUCAGGAAGCUUGUGAUGAGAUUGUCGCCAAGGCCAAGGUCGAAAACAUUGACUUCGACGAGCUCAAACAGAAGACUGAAUUGAUCGGUUAUCCUGUGCUGGGCGUUGUGCAGCAGCUUGUCUCUGUCUGUCGAGAUGGUCUUGGUGAGUGGUGCCAUUGGGGUGCCACCACUCAGGACGUCACAGACAGUGCCACUGUUAUGGCUAUACGUGAUUCCCUUGAUAUCAUCGAAGCUGAUCUGGAUCAUAUUAUGGCCAGUGUAGCUCAGAUAGCUGAGGAGCAUCGCUUGACACCCAGUAAGUCCUCUCUGUCUCUGUACUGUAUUCUAUUAUGUAUACCGUUAAUCAUGGUUUUACUAGUGGCUGGUCGUAGCAACUUACAACAAGCUGUGCCCAUCACCUUUGGCUUCAAGAUGGCCCGUCUCUUGGCUACUCUCCAGCGUCACAAGGAGCGCAUAGCAGAGAUCCGCAAACGUGCUUUGACUUUGGAGUUUGGAGGUGCUGCUGGCACUCUUGCCACCUUGGAUGAUAGCGUUGCAUUGGAGUGUCAGGCGGAGGUGGCACGUGAACUGGGUCUGGCUCAACCCGAGAUUGCGUGGCACACGGAACGCGAUCGUAUUGCUGAAGUAGGCGCCUUUCUCGGCAUUCUCUGUGGUACUUUAUCCAAGAACGCAACGGACAUCAAGUUGAUGAUGCAAACCGAAGUUGGUGAAGUUUCUGAACCUUACGUUUCUCAUCGUGGAUCCAGCUCCACCAUGCCAAACAAGUUCAAUCCGAUUAGUUGUGUAUAUAUCCACGCAUUGGCUGCCACUGUCCGUCAACAUUCGGCUGCUCUUAUGGAUGCGAUGGUUGAGGAUCACGAGCGCUCCACCGGUCCCUGGGAGAUUGAAUGGAUCGUUCUGCCAGAAGCCUUCAUCCUUACAGCUGGUGCAUUAAAUCAGACCAAAUCAAUGAUGGCUGGUCUGCAGGUCCAUCCCAAGAACAUGAUGCGUAACUUGAACUUGACAAAGGGACUCAUUGUGUCUGAAGCUGUCAUGAUGGGUCUCGGUCCCAAACUGGGUCGUCAAUCUGCCCACGACCUCGUGUACACUUACUGUCAUCGCGCUGCUCUUGAGGAUCGUAUGUUGAUUGAUUUACUCAAAGAAGACAAAGAUAUCUCGGCUGCUUUAUCUGAUUCUGAGCUCGAGCAUCUCUGCGAUCCUGCUAAUUAUCUGGGUUUGAGUGGAUCCAUGGUUGAUAACGUUCUCAAUGCCUACAAAAAGAAUGUUAUGAUUGCGAAUAAAACUAACGUUUCAAAAGACGCCGCUCAAUAA